GCCAGAGGAGGUGUCUGCUGCAAGUUCCUGGCUGCUUCUGAGCUCACCCCAUCCUCCGAGAGGGAGGAGGCCAAGUGGUGAUGCUGGUGCUGCUGCCGCCUCGACUGCUGAUACUCUAGUGGGGCUGGAAGGGUGGUUCCUAUUCGCACCGUCGCCAGCCAGAGACGGAGGGAAAAAAAUCCCAGCAGCCGCUGCUGAUGUUGGGUUCGGAGGCUGCAUCCGACUCGGUCACAAGGAAAAUGGAUUCAGUUUGCAUCUCUCCCUCCUUUCAACAGCUUUUCCCGGUCUCAGCAAGGGUGUCCAGGGCAGCGGCUGAGGAGACCUUGCCAAGGAACACCACACAGUAGAUGCUGAAACAUCGCGCUCCAGGAUAAGAAACAGUAACAUGGCAGCACCCAUGUGAGAGGAAUCAAAGAGCAACAGACUCCAUUUAGAAAGGAACAAUGUCCAAGAAAGGGCGAAAUAAGGGCGAGAAGCCCGAGGCGCUCAUUGUCGCCCUUCAAGCUGCCAACGAAGACCUCAGGACCAAGCUCACCGACAUCCAGAUAGAGCUGCAUCAGGAGAAGUCCAAGGUAUCUAAGCUUGAAAGAGAGAAGACUCAAGAAGCAAAGAGGAUUCGUGAGCUGGAACAGCGCAAGCACACGGUCCUGGUGACAGAACUCAAAGCCAAGCUCCACGAGGAGAAGAUGAAGGAGCUGCAGGCCGUGAGGGAGAAUCUCAUCAAGCAGCACGAGCAAGAAAUGUCAAGGACAGUGAAGGUGCGGGAUGGGGAGAUCAGGCUCAAGUCCGCCCUGUGCGCCCUGCGGGAUGGCAGCAGCGACAAAGUAAGGACAGCGCUCACCAUUGAGGCCCGGGAGGAGGCCCGGAAACUGUUUGACGCGGAGCGCCUUAAGCUCCUACAGGAAAUUGCGGACCUGAAAACUGCCAAGAAGCAGGUGGACGAGGCUUUAAGCAAUAUGAUCCAAGCGGAUAAAAUCAAGGCUGGGGACCUGAGGAGUGAGCAUCAGUCCCACCAGGAAGCCAUCUCCAAGAUCAAGUGGGAGUCCGAGCGGGAUAUUCGGAGGCUGAUGGAUGAAAUCAAAGCCAAGGACAGGAUCAUCUUUUCCCUGGAGAAGGAACUGGAGACGCAGACAGGCUACGUGCAGAAGCUCCAGCUGCAGAAGGAAGCUCUGGACGAGCAGCUGUUUCUGGUCAAGGAGGCGGAGUGCAGCAUGAGCAGCCCGAAGCGCGAGGUCCCGGGGAGAGCGGGGGACGGCUCCGAGCACUGCGGCAGUCCUGAUUUGCGAAGAAAUCAAAAGAGAAUAGCUGAGUUGAAUGCCACUAUAAGAAAACUAGAAGACAGGAAUACCUUGCUUGGAGAUGAACGGAAUGAAUUGUUGAAACGCGUGCGGGAAACUGAAAAACAAUGCAAACCUCUUCUGGAAAGGAACAAGUGCCUCGCCAAGAGAAAUGACGAGCUGAUGCUGUCUUUGCAACGCAUGGAAGAGAAGCUGAAAGCCAUUACCAAGGAAAACUCAGAAAUGAGAGAAAAAAUAACAACCCAUCCACCCUUGAAGAAGUUAAAAUCUCUGAAUGACCUCGAUCAAGCUAACGAAGAACAAGAGACAGAGUUUCUAAAACUUCAGGUCAUUGAACAACAGAACAUUAUCGAUGAGCUCACCAGGGACCGGGAAAAGCUCAUCCGCAGGAGAAGGCACAGAAGAAGUUCCAAGCCAAUUAAGCGGCCUGUGUUGGACCCAUUUAUCGGCUAUGACGAGGACUCCAUGGACUCGGAGACGUCAUCCAUGGCAUCGUUCAGAACCGACCGGACACCAGCCACUCCUGACGAUGACUUGGAUGAAAGUUUAGCAGCUGAAGAAUCUGAGCUCCGAUUUCGACAAUUAACAAAAGAAUACCAGGCCCUCCAGAGAGCAUACGCCCUCCUGCAGGAGCAGACUGGGGGCAUCAUCGACGCUGAGAGAGAGGCCAAGGCCCAAGAACAGCUCCAAGCGGAGGUGCUAAGGUAUAAAGCCAAAAUUGAAGAUCUGGAAGCAACUCUGGCUCAGAAAGGGCAGGACUCACACUGGGUAGAAGAUAAACAACUUUUCAUUAAGAGAAACCAGGAGCUUUUAGAAAAGAUAGAAAAACAGGAGGCAGAAAAUCACCGGCUACAACAGGAACUGCAGGAUGCCAGAGACCAGAAUGAGCUGCUGGAGUUCCGAAACCUAGAGCUAGAAGAAAGAGAAAGACGGUCCCCUCCGUUCAAUCUGCAAAUUCACCCAUUCUCGGACGGUGUGAGCGCGCUGCAGAUCUACUGCAUGAAAGAAGGUGUCAAGGAUGUGAACAUCCCUGAUCUCAUAAAGCAGCUUGAUAUCUUGGGUGAUAAUGGGAAUUUGAGGAACGAAGAACAAGUGGCCAUUAUCCAGGCCAGCACCGUGCUGUCCCUGGCGGAGAAGUGGAUCCAGCAAAUCGAAGGAGCAGAGGCUGCCCUGCACCAGAAAAUGAUGGAACUGGAAAGUGACAUGGAACAGUUCUGCAAAAUCAAAGGCUAUCUGGAAGAAGAGCUGGACUACAGAAAACAAGCUCUCGACCAAGCAUAUAUGAGAAUCCAGGAACUAGAAGCUACUUUGUACAAUGCUCUGCAGCAAGAAACUGUCAUCAAAUUCGGUGAGCUGUUGAGUGAGAAACAGCAGGAGGAGCUGAGGACUGCAGUAGAGAAGCUGCGGCGGCAGAUGCUGAGGAAGAGCAGAGAGUAUGACUGUCAGAUCCUUCAGGAGAGGAUGGAGCUCUUACAGCAAGCCCACCAGAGAAUUCGUGACUUAGAAGAUAAAACAGAUAUCCAGAAAAGACAGAUAAAGGACUUAGAAGAAAAGAGUAACCGAAAACACGGAUAAGACCCAGAAAGACAAAUGCUUCUAAACCUUCCAAGAUGGCAGAAAUGUUUACAGCAGUGAGAGGGAGAUCAAAAGCUAAGGACUACCCUGUAGCCAGGACUACAACUGUGUAUUUUAAAGCCAUUAUUCAAGGUUUCUUACUUGACAGUUCCUAUAUGACCCUGUUGAAAAUCUACAAUAUAUGCUGCAUUUACUGAAACAUGUAUAUGUCGAACCAGAAGAAAAGAACUAUAAACAUAUAUUGUGUAAAGAAAAAAAAUCAGCAGUGGGAACAGUUUCAGCAGAUUGCGCAAAGAUGUGUCUUGGGCAUGGAACCAAAGUUACAAAGAAACAUUCUACCCCUGCUGUGCAGGGGGGGUCAUUUUAAUGUAACACCACACCCCAUGGAAAACAUUGGUCCUGAAAUAAACAUCAUUUUAAAAAAUCAAAACAAAACAAGGGCGGGUGGGAAUGAAGCACGAGGAAUACCCAUGAGGAGCUAUUUACAAUAAAAUGUUUCAUUUGAAAAGUCUGGUUUUUUACUACAGGGAUUUGCUUUUUCUGUCUUUAUCAUUGUUUAAAACUCAGGAACAGAGACAUCGGCAAUGUGAGUGAGAAGAAAAGCACCUUCCCGUUUGUUUCUCUGCAAACGGGGCAGCGGGUGCAGGGCAUUCCACAGAUGACGGAUGAGAAGCGGACUGCGGUGACCCCGUCUGCGCCGGCAACCAAGGCGGAGGACCCAGGCAAAUGUCACAUAAAAAAUAAAAGCAGAUUUGAUGCUUCCUUGACCUGUCACCUCUGUGUUGCUCCAGGAAGAAGAGACUGAUCUUACUCCUACUGAAAAUUAAGAAGAUGACGCUCUCAAUCACAAGCUCCCUGACUUAGUUCUGUUCAUACUUCCAGCAUCUGUAGGGAACAUGGGCCAGAGAGCAUCUCCGAAUCUUUCCGUGUCCAAAAUACUGGUUUUCACAUGGCUGCUUAAGAUUGCCUGCAAACCAAUGUUCUCAGAUCUAAGUAAAAACACCGUAGAGGCGAUAAGUACACUUCUACCAACUGUUGUUUGCCACAGAGAUGUGAAUAUUAAAUUACGAUUAUUUUUUUUUAAAUGUCCUGAUACGCCUAGAGCACUCGGGUCCCUUGUCACUUAAACUGGUAACAGUUUCCCCCCAGGGAGCUAACAGCCACAAGGUAGCUCUGCUUUUUUAUAUAGAACUACCAGUGUGUCACUGAUAGGUGGUUUUCUACCAGAGACAAUGGAAAGACUGGUACGUUUCCUAAGUGAUGUAAUACUGAGUCUUGGAUUCCGGUUUGAGAGCAAAUAAAUGUUCCUGAAAAGCUGAUUUUACACCUCAUUGACUGUAGAUAACAAAACAGCCUCAAUUUUUCAAAGUGUCAAGGUUUUAUGUACAGGGCUAGAAUUCCCAUCCAUAGAGAAUGUGUGUAGGGAGCCAGAAAUGCCUCCUAUGAAAUGCUACCCCAGCCCUCCCCUCUGUGGGCUCAGUAUCUUUCUCUUCAGUUUCAGCGCUGGCGUUUUCAGAGCCGGCCCAGUGACUGAGGAAUGUACAAGCAAAGCUAGGAUGCUGGGGUCUACUUUUUGUGUUUAUAUUUACUGCUGACACAGGCGACUUUGGCCCAGUCACUUAACCUCUCUGUGCCUCAGUUUCCUCAUCUGCAAAAUGAGGUUAAAAUGCUUUUUCAUAAAGGUUUCCUUUUUGCGAUUUCUGGAACAAGAGGUGCUUAAUGUAGCAUAAAGUGCUUUGUAAUUACCACGACCGCUAUAUUAUUUGACAUUCUUGUAUCGUUGAGAAAAAGAGUCCCUUGUGUAAUAAAAUAGGCUUCAGUUUGGUGGGAUCUAAGCAGCGCAGCUCUGAAGCAUCCCGGUCAAACUACCUGGGACAUCACUAGCAAUAAAGCCUGAGAGAUCCAGAGCCAGGAUCUCCGAUAACCUAUAGUCAGUAGAUCAGCUCAUGCUAUUGAGCAAGAUGGAAGAAUGCGUGAUUUCAGUGAUGAAUGAGGAUCCCCUAGCUCUCCCACUUGCUGACGCAUGCUGUGAUACAAAACUCCACUUGACCAGAGGACAGCCAGAUGUAAGAUUAAGGCUGGCAGUAAAUAGCAUCACCAUCAAUCUGAUCACCCUUUUCAUUUGGGGGCAAGGUCCAGUGACAUGCCCCACUGGGAAUACACAAAAUAAUUGUCCUUCCGCUGGAGUCUCUGUUUAGUUGGGUAGGUUCGUUGUGUAGGCGAUGUGAGCAUGGGUGCCCCUGUAGUCUGGGGCCCCACCCUUUCAAAUCUCAGAAGAAACAGGACAGGGUGAGCCACUCUUCUGUAUCUUCGGUGUUUCUCCUUCAUUGCUCUUCUUUGCCCAUCCAGGGUCCAUCUGAGCAAACUCAUACUCCAUCUUCUCCACCAACCCUGCUUGCCUUCUCUUCGUCUUGCUUUCCCCUCCAAGGAAUGUGCAGUUGGAAUUUUAUGUCCAAGCACUGACCAUGGUUUGAAUGACUAGAAACGUGUGUAAAAAUAGUGUGGUUGAACCAUACACAUUGUCUGCUUAUAUGCCAUUGCAUCACACACAAAUCACGCGAGAGCUGUGACAGGAUGAGUCUAAGCAGCUUUAGACGUGUUUCGGGCAAACACAUGAGGGGUCUCUCUUGCUGCUUGACAUCCGGGAGAUCAGCAGAUUUUUCAAGAUUUUAAGCUAAAAGGUGAUAUUUUUACCUGGUCUUACUCAUGAUGCUCAAAAUGGUUAUUGGGUAGGGCUACAUAUUAGUUAGGUACAUCUCUCUGAUACCCAUUUUCACAACUAUAAAAAUCAUUUGCAAAAUUGUAACUGUAUGUUUCAGUCUUGCACAUGGAUCUAUGGAAAGGGACCCUAUCAAAAGGAAUGCUGCCCUUGUGCAUAAUGUCCAGCAGUAAUGAAAGAGCAUCUCAUUGAUCGUGGAGAGUUCAAUGUGCUUACAUAGGCAGAUAAUCCCCACUCUGAGCUUUAAUUUCUGCAUCUCAACUAACCCAGUGGGUUAGCAAUCAGAACAGCAUUUUUCAGAGUUGACUAACUUAAUUCUUAAAAUAUUUAUCUCUUGGAAAAUGAAAAUAGCUGGAUAAAGAUAAACUAUUAAAAGAUAGUUUUUGAUCAAAUAAAAGUCCCAAUGUAGCUCAGUAUUUUCAGACAGGAAAAUUUUUAUGAU